AUGACUGGCCGACUACUCCUCACUGGUGCCACGGGCUUCGUUGGUGGCACGGUGCUACAUCAGCUUCUCAACUCUACUUACCCCGAGAUCAAGAACUUGUCAAUUACUGUCCUUGUUCGGAAACAAGAACAGGUUGAUCUUCUCAAACAGAAGGGAAUCAACGCAGUCCUCUUCAAUGGCCUGGACGACUCUGAGCAGCUCAGAAAAGCGGCCAGCGAGCACGACUAUGUCAUCCACACUCCGAGUGGAUUCCAUACCGGCUCCGCCGUCGCGUUGAUUGAGGGUCUCGGAGAUAGAAAGAAACAUACGGGCAAGGAAGUUUACUUCAUCCAGACAUCGGGUACUUCCAACUUGGCGCAGCGCACUAUCACCAAGACCCCUUCCGACGUACAUGAAUGGUCGGACAAAGAAGACGUGUUCUCGUUCGAGGAGCAGAAGGAAGCCGAAGAGACUUACGGUCAGCGAACCACCGACAUUGCAGUCGUCAAAACAGGUGAGCGCACGGGCGUUAAGACAUACGUCAUGAUGCCUCCAACUAUCUACGGCCGCGGCAAGGGAUACUUCAACCAAGGUUCUAUGCAGAUCCCCAGUAUCAUUCGUGGCUCAAUCAAAGCCGGCGUUCCGCUGUACGUUGGCGACGGGACCUGCCGGCUCGGACAUGUCCACGUCACCGACCUUGCUCUUCUCUAUGAGCUUGUCCUCAGCAAGAUUUUGGCUGGGGAUGAUAUCCCUUCUGGCCGGAAAGGAAUCUACUUCUCCAAUACCGGUAGCCACAACUGGCUUGAUAUUGCCAGAGGCGUUGGGAAGGCCGGGGUCAAGCUUGGUGCACUGAAGUCUGCUGAGCCCAAAUCUGUGUCGUUGGAGGAGGCCUAUACCACUGUUUUGCAAGCGCCCCCACAUGUUGUUGAGAUGAACUAUGCAGCCAAUUCGGCAACCAAGCCAGUCCUCGCCAUUGAGCUUGGUUGGGAGCCGCAGAAGACCGAGGAAGACUGGCAGGAAUCUUUCGAAGAAGCCUUCCAGAUGGUGCUGAACGAGAAGAAACAGUAA